AUGGACCUGAGCGCUUUCCAGCGGGACAACGCCGUGAAUUGUUUGCUGGACUCCGCGGUGCCCGCCGCUUGCCGGAGCGAACCUUGCAGCCUGGGCAUCGAUGAAGCAGGCCGGGGUCCGGUGCUGGGUACGUGCCUGAGGGUGAGGAAUCCUUGGGGUACUUUUUGCUCCAGCGAGGAAUCGAGUUCUAAAAGCAGUGCUCUUUUUCUUUAAAAAAAUGUUUAGGGGUACUCUCAUUUUCUUACUCAUAUUGAAAUACUGUCCCUCAAUGAGGUCAAACUUAGAUUCACAAAAUGUUUAGGGGUAUGCGUCCCCCCAGAAAAAAGCACUGCCUGAAAGCAUCAGAAGGGGAGUCCCAAAUCACUGGCUGAUCCUUAAUAUUCGCCUGCCUUGGAGUGAUCCGUGGACUUGCCAGGUGGCCUAGACGCUAGAGGAUUCCUAUUGCUAUCUGCCAACCUACUUUAAUAACGCCAGGAGGGCUGAUUAUGAGGAUAAAUUGUGAGGAUAUAGAGCAUUUUUGUAGUAGUAGUAUUUCAUUUGUAUGCCACCUUUUCUCCAUGGAGCUCAAAGUGGCGUACGUGACCCUCUUCCCAAUUUAUCCUCACAACAACCCUGUGAGGUAGGAUAGGCUGAGAGAUGGUGACUGAGUGGGCAUUUCAACCUUGGUCUUCCAGGCCCUAGUCGGACACUACACCACAAUGACUCUCUUGUAGAAUUGACAAUUAAUCCAGUCCUGAUUUGCAAAUAACGUUGUUCCAGUUCUGUGCCAAUAAGUUUGUUCAGUCCCACGACUGCUUUUUACUUCCCCUACCCCACCCCUGCUGCCGAGCAGAACUUCCCCACCCUUAAAAUAGAAUAAUGUCCUGUGAUGGUGGCUGGAGGGGAGUCUUUUGUGGAGGAUUCCCUACUGCAGGACCAGUUUUGUCCUGGGGCUGUACCGUAAUUAUAACUAUACUUAGUGUUGCUAGUUCAGAGCAUUUCUCACAUGACAAUGUUGUUAUAAAAACACCUGCAGUAUUGUAUCCGUAGGUGGAGCUCUGAGUCUUGAAAGAGUAGCUUGCAUUGGCUUCUGCUUUCUUCCCAGGUCCCAUGGUUUAUGGAAUCUGUUACUGUCCUGUGGAUCGGCAGGGAGACCUAGAGGCACUGAAGGUGGCAGGUAAAAAGAAAAGAAAGGCGUGCCUGACUGGGACUGUGAUGUAAUGCUGGCGUGGCAGGAAAUGGGUUCUGGACUAAAAGGGACAAUGCUGUACCUCUUGGAGUGUUUCCCCUAACCGCUGUCAAAGCACUGCCCAGCUUGUAUUCAUCCUCGGUCACGUCUUUUUUGAGUUUGUGUCCUCCCCUCCCUGUUUGCUUUCCCGUCACAGAUUCCAAGACUCUGACGGAGGCCCAGCGGGAACAGCUCUUUGAGAAACUGGGUGCAGCGAAGGAUUUUGUUGGGUGGGCCCUGCACAUCCUCUCACCCAAUUACAUCUCCACCAGCAUGCAGAGACGGUAAGCAGACAAUAUUAGAUGAAGUCGCCGCAACAGGGUUGGGGAACCUGUUCCCCCCCACCCCGAGAUGUUGCUGGGCUCCAGCUCCCAUCAGUACCAGCAAGAGUGGUCAGGGGUGGUGGGAGUUGUAGUUUAGCCACACCUGGAAGGCCGCAGGUUCUCCACCCCUGUGCUAGAACCACAGCUUUGAAUGGGUGGCGGUUUUUCUCCCAAGAUCGCUUCUCUGCCUGGAAUCGUUGUGUUUUGUUUAUUCGUGUACUCGUUAGAAAGAUUAAUACCCUGCCUUUCUAAUGCAUACGUGUUUCCAAAGGUGGCUAACUAUAAUUAAAGCCACAAUAGCCAAACACAACUGCAAUGAUAAAAUCGUAACAGAGACUGACAUGGCGGAAAAAAUCACAGUUUUCAAUAAAAUCACUUCGACCUGGCAAAUGAAAAAGUGCUGCUGACACUGGAUGUGUUGUGUAGUGGCUGCAGGCUAAAGAGGACAGAGCAAGGGGAAGGGGAUUGGAAACACGAGGCCUCUCACCUUGGAGUUUAUCAGAAAAGUUGGACAGACCUCUUUCAGAGAAGGGAGGCUGUGUCUCUCCCCCUGAGCUGUUUUCGUCCUUCAUGCCAGCUCAUCCUUGAGAAUGAUGCUUACUGCUGUGAUGUUGUUUGCUGUGUUAACUGGCUGUGGCACAAACAGCCCACUGCACUCUUAACACUAUGUGAGAUUUGAGUUCCUAUUUGCUGUGUGGACAGGGCAGCUGUUCUAUUGGUAAUGUACUGGCAGAGACAUCUUUCUGUUCUGGCUGGUGGUGGCAUAAGCUGGUCCAGGGUGCAGUCUCCACAACACCUUUUCCAACCAGCCCUUUUCUGACGUUUGGGCCUCAGAGCCAAGGGUUUUUUUUAUGAGCGAAAAACAUAGCUUCCUUUCCGUUGCAGAGCUAAGUACAACCUGAACGCGCUUUCGCAUGAUACGGCCAUUGGAUUAAUCCAGAGGGCGUUGGACUCUGGAGUGCAGGUUGCAAAGGUGAGCCAGCUCAGCAUCCCAUACCUGUAGGAAGUGGCAAGAAAUCCCACCUCUUCAGUGCUUUAUGGUUCCUCCCUCCUUCAGGUCUUUGUGGAUACUGUGGGACCAGCAGAGAAGUACCAAGAAAAACUCAAGCAGCACUUCCCAGACCUGGAGGUUACAGUGAAACCAAAAGCAGACUCCCUCUUCCCUGUUGUCAGUGCAGCCAGCAUCUGUGCCAAGGUGAAUGCGAGACAUAGGAUCUCUUUGUUUCCUGGCUCACUGUGCUCUCUGGUAUCUGGAGAGAUGUACGAUUAAACUGUGAAGCUCUAACUGCUUCCACCGUGAAACAGCUAAAUAAGCUUUCAUGUGCUGGAGCAGAAUACUGGAUGCUGGGGCUAAACAAUAGGGGGUGACUAUUGCCAUCAUUCAUUAGGACAGGGGCUGGCUACUAUUCGAGACCACUAGGCUAGAUGGAUCAGGACAUAGAUGGGAAUGAUGCAGGAAGGCAAUUCCGAUGUUGGUUAUCUCUCAUUUUCCGUAGGUGGCGAGGGACCGGGUGGUAAAGAACUGGAGGUUCUUGGAGGAUCUGGAAGAUGCGGACUUGGAUUAUGGCUCUGGCUAUCCUAAUGGUAAUCCCAGUAUUUCUCCUCAGCUUGGGCACAGAACCAGCCACAUGAAUUUCCACCACAAGAUGUGGUGGCUGAGAAUGUUAGCCGCUUUGAGACUCUUUCGGGUAGUGAUAAAGCGGUUUAUCAAAUCCAAACUCUUCUUCUUCUUCUUCUUCUAGCUUAGGUGGAUUUAAAAGAAAAUGAACACAUAGAUGAGAGGGUAGUCAAAAUGAGAGGGACCUGCAACAAAAUGUCAAGGGUGCCAGCCUGCCAGGCUCUUUGGCAGGAUACUCCCAUUUGCCCUUUCUCCUCCCUGGUUUUCUGUCCCCCUCCUCCCACAACAGUCGGCAUUUUGUGUCCAUUGAUCAUUUUCAGUUCUCACGGAUCUGUUUCUGGUUCCCCUCACCCCCAGUUAGGUUUCUUCUCCCGCCGAUAUUGUUUGUACUUGGGAGUGCCCCCAAGCCGCCUUCUUCCAUUCUUUCUUGCACAUGUACGGUGCUGUUUUUCUGAAUAAGGUGUCACACCUUGAUAACGUCUUAACUAUUAGCAUAUAGGAUGGAAAUAGGCAAACUCCAGGUUGUAAGGCAAUAUGUCAGCUGCUGAGGAUAACACUGGAAGAGGGCUGUUGCCUUAAUGUGGGAAACAAAAGGGUAGGCAAGAUGGACCUUUGGCUCUUGCGUUUCUGUGGAGGCACACAAAGAGUGCAGUGCUUCAUUCAGAUGAAUAAGCCAAGUCAUUACUUUGGCAGUGACUAAGAACCACAUUUAUUAUUUGUGAAUGUUCUUCCCCACUCUCAUCUUUGAAUUACACAUUUAGUUUACUUGGCAACAAUGUGGGCUUUUCCCAGCCCUCACUAGAUGCCUUUAGCUGUCCUAGAUCCUCUAUAGUAUAGUAUAGAGUCUAUACCUCCCAUCUCCCCUCUCUUAGGGUGAGUAGGACCUUAUUGGCUUUUGUGCUUGGGUUGACCUCUAGGACAGAAUGCCAUGUCCUUGCAUUAAGUUGAAAUGAAAGGGGAGUGUCUGUGUGUGUAUAUGUGCAAAAUGAUCUCUAAGAUAUUAUGCACCAAGAAAGCAGCAGAGUGGGUGGAGACAGUACUUAGAAGGUUUGCAAACCCCUAUUGUGUCAUGUUUCCCAUCCACUGUUCUCCAGGCUACGGCUCAGUCUUAGAAGUAGGGAUAAUACUGAGCACUAAUAUGCCAGGAUACUUGGCCAUCCAUCCUCUAAUCUCUCUACCCCUUCCCCGGCCCAGAUCCCAAGACUAAAGAGUGGCUCACCCAAAAUCUGGACCCUGUCUUUGGCUACCCACAGUUUGUACGGUUCAGCUGGAGUACAGCUCAGGUCAUCUUGGAGAGCAAAGCUGUGCCCGUUUGCUGGUAAGUGGGGAAGGAAGAACUGUUGGAUGGAUCUUGGAUGGUAGAUGUACCUUCAGAAGGGAGAUUGAGGAAACUGUGGAGCAUAGGAGGAAACAGCUGCUGCUGAUAAAGGCAUGUGAGAGAUUCCUUCUGAUGGUUCUGCACAUGCGAUGCAGCAUGAUGACUUCCCUACACAAAUAUUAUAUAGGAAGAUAGUGGAUUGGCAGUUCAGGAUGCUUUUUAAAUAGUGGCACUGGGGAGGGCAAUCGUUGGAGCUGAAUGGGCCUGCUGAGUGUUUAUGGGACCCUUUCCCUUAAAUUCAUUUAUCAGCUGUGAGUAAGGAGGGUCCCCCCUUUUGUGGCUGGCUUGCUCUGCUAACUCCCCUGUGCCUUGCUCUGUGCUUAUGUGGGCCGUGCAGAGUACUGCACAGAGUUGCUGAAUUGCUGAUGCCCAAAGAUGCUUGUGACUGCCUUCCCUGAUAUCCACAGCUUUCUGGAACCCAGCUCAAUCCAGGGAGCAGCUCCUCCGCUUGAGUCUAGGGAGUUGGCUGAUUCUCCGCUGCCUCCCAUCUCAGGCUGACCUUGGCAGUUAUGCCAAAUGCCGCAGGAGGAGCUUGAGAGGCAGCCAGUUAACUUUCCCCUGGAUAGAUGGGGCAGGAAUCCGGUACUGUCUCUGUUGAGGGAAGAAGGGCUGCCUGCCAGGCCACCUGUUUUCUAUCUCGGCUCUUGGAAGGCAGCGAAGGUCAGUGGUUGUAGCAGGUAGAAGAAGUCUGAAUCCAAGAUAAGUGGGCGCAACUCUCAAGGAGAAGUAGAAGUCGAGCAUAGCUUGCCAGCGGAGGAACAAUGCUGUACCCAGAUUCCUCAUUUCCCCUUAUCUUUUGCCUUCCUCUCUACAGGGAUGACACGGAAGACGACGCAGCCCAGAAAAACGCUCAGUCCUUGCUGAGCUACUUUGCCAGGAAGGAAACUUCCAGCAAGCGCCCUCCCCACCGUUUCUUUCAUGAACGAAAGCUUAAGACCGUGACCAGCCUGUAG